UUUCCCACAAUUACUCAUCACAUUGAUAAACCAAAGGACAUUUCUUAUACUUCCUCGCCAAACCACUCAUCCAAUCCAAAGCACCCACAUGAUUUCCGAGCGAUUUUGAGAGAAUCAGGCAAAACAAUCGUUACUUCUUUCCAAUCAAGUUUGAUCAUAACGUCUAUAUAUCUCUAAAUUUUUUAUCUGAGCGAUUCGUGACCUGUGGAUCGCAAAGUUUAGAGACAACAGAGCGAGCACAUAAGCAAGAAAUCCAUCUGUAUAUCUACUUUCACACGUGAUGGUGUAACCAUGGUCAAAAGAGGUGGUUAGGAUGGCAGCUAGUGGGACUGCAGAUAUCCAACAAGGUGGAAAAACCAGUAAGACAUACUCAAUGAAAGGAAAGGAAAUUGCAUCAAAAAAAGGAAAAACAAGGCCCCCACUUAAUUUCCUAUCAAUUUUGAAUAAUGCAAAGAAAACGAUCGACACGUCUUGUCCUGACAAGCUGUGUGAGAAGCUCUACGCUGGAGUAUUCUUAAAAGAAAACGAACUGAAGUAUUUUGUUGACAAGAAGACGAACAAGAAUUGCUUCAUGCUAUUUGCAAGGAAACUUAAUAUCUGUUGGAUUGAUGAUUCUCGUUAUUGGAAAUGGACCAAAGAGAAGAUGAGUGGUGAAGAGAUUGAAAUGGCAGAGCUAAAAAAGGUAAGUUGGCUAGAUAUUAGAGGGGUUUUUGAUAGAACAAUUGAUCUCUCACCAGGAACAAUGUAUGAAAUUGUUUUUGUCGUGAGGAUGAUUGGUGGCGAUGAGUACUAUACUCAUAUAUCAAAUUAUACAGUGACGCUUGUCUUGAUUCUCCCGGGUUCAAAAACGCAACGUAAUGAAAGUUUAAAAGGAAGGCAUGUAGAAGAAUGGUUUGAGAUCCUGGUGGGUGAGUUUAUAAUGUCACCAGAAAACGUUGGAAGUGUUGAAUUCUCCAUGGAGGAACAUGGUGACUGGAAGAGUGGGCUUAUUCUGAAAUGUGCUAUCAUUCGACCCAAGGAGUAAAUAACUUUAGGCACUUGGAUGGUUGGUAAAUUUCUCUAUAUCCCAAGGAAUAUCCAAUGCAAUUAAUGUGAGAACAUGUGUAGUGGAAUAUGUAAGCAAAUUAUUAUUAUUAUUAUUAUUAUUAUUAUUAUUAUUAUUAUUAUUAUUAUUAUUAUUAUUUUGUAGAAUGCUUGUAUAAUAUAUAUUUCCAAAUUUUGUGUAUGAGAUUGCAUGGAUUCAUGGAUGUA